AUGCCUGUGGAGGAUGACGUGCCUGACGAGUCUGAAGAGCAAGAGACUUUCAGCGUCGCCUCUGUAAAGUCUAAGAGGGGGACCCCCAAGGCAACUAAGAAGGGUGCAAAUCAACCUGCAGCGCCGAAGACACCCAAGACGCUGAAGACACGUAAGGCACCCAAGGCUACGACAACCAAGGCACCUUCCAAUCAGUCGACCUCUAGAGAGGCAUCUCCGUCCUCUGCACUAACCCCCGCUGAGUUGCGCGUGCUUGCCAAAAUUGAGAAGAAGUUGCCCGGCGUACUGUCUUCUGCUCUGAAAGGGCCAAAGCCAACUGGACCUGAUGAAAAGCUGGCUGCUAUUCGUAAGCGUUCCUCUGCCUUGCUUAACCAGGAGGAUGAGGAAUGUGACACCGACAAUGAAGAGCCAAGACGAAACAAGAAGAAGGCUCGCCAUCAAAAGGAGAUGCAGCUGGAUGAUGAAGAGCAGGAGCUGUCUGGCCUACUGGGAACUAAAGACCACGUAAAUGAGGAUGAGGAAGAUGUUGGCGAAGGUGAAGAAGUUGGUGAUGAGGACAGGGAGUCCAGGGAGGGUGAUGUGGAUGGUGAGAGUGAGGGGGCCGACAAUGGUGAGGACGGUGGAGAUGAGGACACUGAUCUCCCUGAUCAUUUGAGGGAGGCAGAGUUUCUGGUAGAGGAGACUACGACUGCAUCUCAGAAACGAAGAGAAGGGAGGAAGCACGCCGUGACCCUGGGUUCUAUAUCAGAUCCCUCUCUCAGAGACCUGGCUGAUCGUGGCAACAAGGUGCUUCAGAGUCUUAUUGCGACUGAAGAUGCUUUCCCUGCAGAUCGCCAGAAAUUUACAGAGAAGGCGAUAGCUGAGGCAGCAUCCGUCUCUCGGGAGCUCAACGACGUAUGGAAGGAGCUUAGAGUAAACAAGAACCUCCAGGCUAAGAAGAAGCACGUCUGCGACUACGUCUGGAAGGGUGCAGCUACCAUCAGAGGUGUUGUAAGAGACAAGGCAGCUGGCCAAGUUGGCGGAAUGUAUUUGGUUCCAGGAGGUCUUCCCAAGGACAAGCUCCAAGAGCGCGUAACUUGGCUAACCCAGGAGAAGAAAUACCGCUUUGGGUAUGGCGACUUGGAUGUUGAGGCAAGUUAUCUUUAUAAGGGCACUCUUGACCUCAACAAGCCCCUUUCUAAUCACGCCCUGGAGACUGUUAUCAGAGAGGUCUGGUUCUAUUCAUCAAAGGCGGAUGGAGUGAAGUUUUCCGAACGUUUCAAGAAUAUACCAGUGGCUGUCUGGGCAUUGGCAAUGACGGCGAUUGAGGCUGCCAUCAAUGAUUGGUCCGAGGGCAAACACGUCAAGAAGAAGUUUGCCGAGGAAAACUGGACUAAGAGCUACAAGAGUAAUCUCCGCCACGUCAACAGUAUUGCUAACAAGGCGCCCACCUGGUUUGACAUGUUCUCAAAGGGAGCAUAUGAGAGCAUCUGCAAGAACAGCGACCUUGACAUGGAUUUUGAUGAGGACGCCGAUGAAAUUGAUGCUUUGGUUGACUUUGACGCUCUGGAAUCCUUGGCUAAGGCUGGUGCUGGUGUUGCUGCUCCAUCUACAUUGGCUGGCCCAGGUGCUGUAGAGAGCGGUUGA